AUGAAUGGAGAAUUAUCAGGUAUUGAUUCUGCAGCAUUUGAAAACACAAAUCUUAAAAGUAUAACUAUCCCCGAUUCAAUAAAAUAUUUUAGUGGGAUCAGUGAAAAUGAAGUUAAUGGUGCUAUGUUUUUCAAUUGCAAGCUCCUCAAAGAAAUUAUCAUAUCAGAAAAUAGUUCAUUGACAAGGAUUGGCUACGCAUUUGCUCAACACGCACCUGUAAAAAAAUUUUUCAUUCCAAAAAAUUGCAUGAUUUCUCCAGGAUCUUUUAGUCUCAUGGAUAAUCUCAGCGUAACUAUAGAUCCCAGGAAUCCUUACAUGAAGAUGUAUGAUACGUGUAUUUAUAGUUUUAACUUUGAUUCAUUAUAUUGGUUACCAGUUUAUUAUCCGAAUCAAUUUUCUUUUCAUUCAUACUGCGAUACCAUUGAAACUCAAGCUUUCAGAGGAUAUAAAACUAAUAAUGAUUUGGUGAUUCCAAAAGGAAUAUCAACCAUUAAAGUAGGUGCUUUCUUUGAAUGCAAUUGUCGAUCAAUCAUAUUCCAAAAUGAAACGACUGAAACCCCAAAUUAUUAUUUAUUUUUAGGUAGUCAUGCAGUAAUUAAAAUGCCAGAAAAACUCAGAGUUGUAAGAUCCAUGUUUUUCCAACGUUUUGAUGGAAGUUACAUCGAAUUUCUUUCCGAUUUGCAAAUGAUUGAAAGCGAAAGUUUUAUUAAUUGCACAUAUUUGGAAAUGAUCAAAUUCAACAAAUUAAAAAAUAAUAUGAUUAUUGACUCAAAUUCAUUCUAUAACUGUGAGAGUCUGAAGCUCCUACCAUUUCCAUUCGAUAGCAGUGAUAUCAUCACAUUCAACUCAACAUGUCUCAAUCGUUGCAAAUCAUUUAAAGGUAUUAAGUUUUAUAUCAUAGUUCCUAGAAAAAUAAUGAACUUUAAUGUUGAUAAGAAAUUGAUUGAGAUUGAUGUGAAAACUUCAAAUUCAAAUGGAAUUAUUAUUGAUUGUGGAAAAUUCCAUGUCAAGGAUCCUUUUGACGAUAAAUGCCAUAUUCCAAUCUAUUCAUGCAAUCGAUUCCAUUCAACACUUGGAUUCUAUUAUUUCUAUGUUUUUAUUGCAAUUGCUAUUGAAUAA